UUCUCCACGAAAACACCAAAUGGCGGAUGACACUGGUGCUGCGGGAGGGCCCGGAGGCCCGGGGGGCCCCGGCAUGGGAAGUCGCGGCGGUUUCCGCGGAGGUUUCGGCAGCGGCCUGCGGGGGCGUGGCCGCGGCCGUGGACGUGGUCGCGGGCGCGGCCGCGGGGCCCGUGGAGGAAAGGCCGAGGACAAGGAGUGGAUCCCCGUCACCAAGCUGGGCCGCCUAGUCAAGGACAUGAAGAUCAAGUCGCUGGAGGAGAUAUAUAUCUUCUCACUGCCCAUCAAGGAGUCGGAGAUCAUCGACUUCUUCCUGGGCCCGGCGCUCAAAGACGAGGUGUUGAAGAUCAUGCCGGUGCAGAAGCAGACGCGCGCCGGCCAGCACACUCGCUUUAAGGCCUUCGUCGCAAUCGGGGACUAUAACGGACACGUGGGUCUGGGGGCGUCUCUGGCAAGAAGCAAGUGCUCUGAGGAACUCCUGGUGGAAAAUGCACAGCAGCUCCUCCACGCCACCUCCAAGACUGUGAGGGCCACCAAGACUGCAAGUUUCCGGGGUCUCUUGGAAAAGGGUCUCUGUGAAAUGGGACCUAUGAGGAAUGGGGUCUUUGUGGAGCGGGAUCUCUGUGUUACGGGGUUUUUGGAACUGAGUCUCUGUGGAGCAGGCUAUCUCUUUGUUGCCUGCUUGACCACUGCCCAUCAACCUCUGCUGACCUCACUACAACUCUUGAAGCAGGGUUGUGCCAUGCCUCAUGUCCUGGAAGCUGAGGAGGCUGACAAUUUGCAGUGCACAUUAGUAUCCUGCCUCUGCUGGACACUGGCCAAAGGUCAUGGAUAUUUUGCAUAA